GGCUCCUUGGACCUGGUGCAGAGUACGGAGGAGGACCCACUGCUGGACGCGCGGCUGCCCGCACAGCACUCACUGCAGGCCCACUUCACACCCCGCUUCCAGCCGCUGCCCACGGCGCUCACAGCCGUUCUGCUCCUGCUCGUCCACGUGGCGUUUGUGGUCUUGGCGUUUUUAACCGGUGUGCUUUGCUCCUACCCUGACCCGGAGGACGACAGGUGCCCGGGGAACUACACCAGCCCGCUGAAGGUGCAGAGCGUCAUCGUCCUGGGCAAGGUGGCGCUGUGGCUCCUGCACCUGCUGCUCGAGCGCUACCUCCAGCAUCACCACAGCAGGGCGAGGGGCCGCGGCUACGGCCGCAUCGACCGCGCCACGCGGCCGCUGAAGACGCUGGCUCUGCUCACGCACUCGGCGGGCAACGCGGCGCUGCUGCUGGUGCUGGGCGCGCAGCACUCCUUCCCCGGGCACGGCAGGCUGUACCUGGCCCUCAUCCUGGCCGUGCUGGGCCUGGAGCUGCUGGGCUGCGUGAUCUGGCUGCUCCUGUACGCAGUGAGAAUCAGAAAGUUUAAUAGAGCCCAGCCACAGCCUGACGUACUCGAAGAAGAAGAGAUCUACGCGCACCCCAACGGCAUCGCCUCGGAGACGGGGUUCAGGACGGCGGGGAGCCUGGAGGAGGUGGUGGAGAAGCAGGCGGACGCCAUCGCCUACCUGCGGCGGCACAACGCGCUGCUCAGCCGGCGGCUGCUGGCGCUCACUGGCUCGCAGCCGGGCCGGAGCUGAGCGGGACGGGACGAGACCGGGCCGGACCCGAUGGGACGCCAGGAGGAGCCCAACCAGCCCGCGCUGCCACAGCGUGGGGCCCUGAUGCGCGUCACCUGCGGCCGGAGGAUGGCACCGCCGCGCUCUGAACCCUGAGACCCAGUCGCGCUCAUCAGCGCUUGGGGGUUGGGCCUAGGGCCUGGCAGAGCCGGCUCCACCACCCCGCCCCGGGGCCUGAGCAGUCUGAAGAAGCAGGUUCUGCUCUUAAAAUAACGGAGGAGUCAUCCCUGCUGCAGCCCCUGACCGGUGCGCUGCGGGCACCCGCUUUUCCCCCUGUGGCGCCGGGGAAGCUCCACCCCCCGCAGAGCUGCACCCCACACACCGCUGUCACCGAAUGUCCUCACCGUGGGACCCCGCAGCCGGCCGGGGGGACGCGCGCUGACAGUCACAGCGCUCGGGAGGCUGAGGCAGGAGGGCCACGAGUUGGAGGCCAGCCUGGCUAUCAGAGCAAGAUCCUGCCUCCAGAAACAGCAGAAAACCGACUGCAGGACCCAGGUCUCACGGGUGAUUUGAUAUGCAAAUUCUAGUCCUUUCUUCAGAAAUCACAGUUACCUGGUGACGCGCCGGGACAGGCUGUGCCCCAGUGGCAGCGCUUGCCGCUAGCGAAAGGGGGCAGAUGGAGAAAUUUUCCUUACCUGUCUCCUUCUUAAGGGGGCUGCAGUGUAUUUCUGUAUUGGAUCAGUUCAUCGGCUCAAGAAGUUCCGUUCCAGCAGUGGAAAGGUCUGAGGUUUAGGGGCUGGGGAUUUAGCUCAGCGGCAAAAGCGCCUGCCUGGCAAGCGCAAGGUCGUGAGUUCGGUUCCCGG